GGCAGUUUGACUCCUUGUGUGCCCAGUAUGGUGGGCAGUGCGACUUGUGUGUCUGUCCCCCGCGGACAGGGGGCGCUUCUCCCUCCGAGGUUUCCCCAUCCCGGUUUCGGACCCGGAGCUAGUACCGGUGAUGAGGAGGAGGCGUGCCGGGGGCGGGGCGGCGGCGGAUGAUGCGGCGGGCUCGACCGGGGAUUGGCCGGGUGUUGGCAGCUGUGAGUGGGAUGCAGGGGGUGUAGAUGCCGCGCCCGGAGCAGGGUGUAUGGCACAGGAGAGGGUGCAUGCCGCCGCCGGGACACAGUCACUAGCUCCCGCUCUCCUCAGCUCCCCUGAAUGACGGGCGGACGUUUUGACUUCGACGAUGGCGGCACCUACUGCGGCGGCUGGGAGGAUGGCAAGGCGCACGGGCACGGCAUUUGCACGGGGCCCAAGGGGCAGGGGGAGUACGCGGGCUCCUGGUCCCAUGGCUUCGAGGUAGUCGGCGUGUACACCUGGCCCAGUGGUAACACCUACCUGGGCUACUGGGCUCAGGGCAAGAGGCACGGGCUGGGAGUGGAGACCAAGGGCAGGUGGAUGUACCGGGGAGAGUGGUCCCAUGGCUUCAAGGGGCGCUACGGGGUCCGACAGAGUCUGUGCACCCCGGCCAGGUACGAGGGCACCUGGAGCAACGGGCUGCAGGACGGCUACGGCAUCGAGACGUAUGGAGACGGAGGUACAUACCAAGGACAAUGGAUGGGAGGAAUGAGGCAUGGCUAUGGCGUUCGCCAGAGUGUUCCCUAUGGCAUGGCUACAGUAAUCCGUUCACCACUGAGAACCUCUCUCUCUUCGUUACGUAGUGAACAGAGCAAUGGCACCGUACUUCAUGAUAUAGGUGCCGACAGUCCGGCCGGGACACGUGGGGGUUUUGUGUUAAAUUUUCACAGCGACUCCGAGCUUAUGACCGGCAAGAAGAAAGGUUUGUUCAGAAGAGGAUCACUUCUGGGUAGCAUUAAGCUUAGAAAAUCAGAGUCCAAGAUCUCUAUAUCUAGCAAGCGCAGCUCUGUGAGGAGCGACGCAGCUAUGAGUAGAAUAAGCUCAAGUGACGCCAACUCUACAAUUAGCUUUGGGGAUCUCGACUCUGAUUACUUUCCUCUAGAAGAUCACGUUGAUGCCACCACUACAGAAACCUACAUGGGAGAAUGGAAGAAUGAUAAACGCACCGGGUUUGGAGUAAGUGAGCGCUCAAAUGGAAUGAAAUAUGAGGGAGAAUGGCUGAACAAUAGAAGGCAUGGAUAUGGAUGUACCAUAUUUCCAGAUGGCACAAAGGAAGAAGGGAAGUACAAAAACAAUGUUUUAGUCCGUGGAAUAAGAAAGCAACUUAUACCCAUAAAGAACACCAAAACAAAGGAAAAAGUAGACCGCGCAGUCGAAGGAGCACAGAGAGCAGCAGCUGUAGCAAGGACAAAGGUGGAGAUCGCAGCUUCCAGGACAGCUCAUGCUCGUGCAAAGGGGGACGCUGCUGACCAGGCCAGCCAAGCCGCACGUCAGGAAUCGGACAUUGCAAGGGCCGUGGCAAAAGAACUAUCGCCAAGCUUCCAUCAACCUGGGCCAGAUUACAUCAGGCAAAAGUUUCAAGACAUUGUUGAAGUUAAAGAGGAAGUCAUAGAGGAAAAGCCCCCAAAAAACCCUUCUCCAAAAGAGUCGCCACAUUUUUAUAGGAAAGGAACAACUCCUCCAAGAACUCCAGAGGAAAAACGGAAGAAACCUCACCAGUCUUCUUCACAGGAUACACAGAGGAAAAAUUCUAACACUACCCCAGUUGCUCCCCCUAAUCUUGAAAGAAAAAGUGCAUCCAGCGAUAAUCUACCUGUUGCUUCCUUGAAACCUUUGCCUACGAAAGCUCCUGUAAAAGAGGAGGCCAUUGCCAAACAAUCACCAAAGGCUUCAUCUGGCCAUAAUCCAAGCAGCACUGGUAAUGGGGAACUUCACGCUGAUUUCCAUAGCUACUAUGGAACAGUCAAUCCAUCAUUGCAUUUAGCUAUAAAAGAAAACUCCAACCCAAAAAAACAGCCAUCUCCAGUGAAUGUUCCACAACCCCAAAAGCAAAGCCCUAAAAAGCCACAAGCAAAGUCAGAUGCCAAAGAAAGCACACCUGAGCCAAAAGUUAAGCCCAAACUCGUGGCACCAAAGAAUCAAACCAAUAAUGAUUCAGUAUCACCUGUUGAAAAGGAAAUUCAUUCAGGGCCCAAUUCGAUCAUGAUAGCCCUAGUUAUGCUUUUAAACGUCGGGUUGGCAAUUCUUUUUGUUCAUUUUCUCACCUGAUUGGAUGCUGGUACAGUGACGUCUGGACAACGAGAGAUGUUGGCACACAGUUCCCGUUAGUAGUGUCAUAAGCUGUUGUUAUGGCACCUAUUCUGUCAUGAUACGGGAAAGAGAAGGCUUGAACUUUUGGAAGCAAGAUCGAUUGCUUAAAGAAACAAAAAUUAAAAACAAAAUGUGUAUGUGUGUAAGCCUGUGGGGGCCUAUCUGAUCUUUUGGUAGAAAUAUACCACUCUUGAAUUCCACAGAAAGGUAGAUCAGUUACCAUGUCAAAAGGCAAAACACAAUCUGCUGUAACAGCCUAGUCAGUGAAGAUGGCCAUCGGCCACCAGCAGACCAGCACUUUUCGUUGAUGGAAGCUAACAGCUGCCUUACUAUUUUGCCGCCUGACGUUUAUAGUGAGGAGAUAGGAAAAAUGACUGCCAGAGGAAUGUGCUCAGAGGAUUCAGUUGCUGUGGAUGCGGUUCCAAAGUUUUCUCCUAUCUCAGAAGAAAUAGUUAGCAGCAUCACUCACCAGUCUUAUACAAUUACCUGCUGCUUUUAACAUCUACUUGCAGCGCUGUGGAAGAUAGAAUGUCAUUUGCUUGUGCGUGGAGGCUAAUCUCAAUGGUCGGGCAUAUGUUAUGGAUAGCCAUAAUUACUUAACCCAGUAACUGGGGAAGGGACAAAAGCCUCUUAUUAAGUCUCAAAGAUAGAAUCUGCAAAUUUACAUCUAUUGCAGGGUUUUGCAAUUUUUUUUUUUUUAUUUGAAAAAAAAUAACAAAAUUUAUUAAAAAGAAAUGAUAGCUUAUCUGUCUUAGCACAGUGUAUACAGAGCAAGGUUGAGAACAGAACCAGUAUUCAUUAGACUAGGAACCGCUCGAAAGUUGGAGUGAGACGCAUGGUUCCUCAUACCCAUAGAGCUUUUCUUAUGGAGUAUUGGUUGAGGAUACAAAUGAUCUGUCUCCACUGUUCAUUGGCAACUGGCAAUGCUUCACAGAGUGUCUGCUUUAAUUUAUUUUCCUUUUUUUUACUUUGAUGGAAUGAAAUGUUCACAAUUUUUUUUUAUUAAUUAUUUUUUUUUUUUAGCUUGUGUUAGUUUUCUGAAACUAUGUACAUGAUGGUACCGUGCACUGUCAAUAUAUGUAUGGAUAUGUACAGAAUUAAGGGCUGGACUAAUCCCUGGAGCCACAGACUAUUGACAUUAAAUGUUUCUCUCUGUGUUUAAUUCAGGUUGAUGAAUUUUGCUUCCAUGCUCAUAGUUUAAGAGAAACUAGGCUGGCUCCUACAUUCUACUCUUACGUGUACCCUGCGGUAUAAUUUAUUAAUAUACAUAUAUAAUUCUCUAUGGACACAUACCUACACCCACUGAAGACGUUAUUUAUUGAAGACUUGUGCACACAGAGAUUGGUAGGCGUGAUCACUUGGUCAUGUCUGUUUAAAUUAUUUUAUUUUGACAUAAAACUUCAUUGGAAUUUUAGUUUUUGAGGGAUUUUUCUUUUCUAAAAGAAGAGGGCAUAUACUAAAAGGAGUCCUAUGCAAGAAUAUUUAGUCUCCAGCCUCUAGACAACAUUAAACAAUGUACAGAACUGUAGAAAAACACAUUUAUGUUCAGUUAAAAGAACAAUUGCACAAUGAUACAUUUGGGCACAUUUUGUUCUUCAGUUAAUGGCACAAAAUAAGUAUAAAAAAAUAGUAAUUAAACAAAUAAUUUUUUUAAAUGUAUUUUAAGUUUGAGUUUAGAUUAUGGCUUUUUUGUGGAUUUUAUAUUGCACAAAAAUGUGUUCUUUGAUAUUAUAAUAAAUCUACUGAAAGUGCUACCCCUGGCAUAGGUAGUUUAAGCAUUAUAAUACAUGCUGUAUAGCAACAAUUGUGAACUUGCUUACCCAGCAGUUUAGUAUACAUUUCACUGUUAUUACUGGGAAUAUUAUUUAAAGCAUAAAUCAUAAAAGAUUGUAUUUAUGCCGCUUGCAAUUGCUGAUGCUAGAAAUAGUAAUAGAUGUGAAUGACAUGUUAUUUUUAACCUGCACCUCUCAUUUCAGACUGAAUCUACAAGCAGGCAAAUCUCACAGCAGUAAAUGUGUCACAUACUAUUAACUUUCCGUGUUCUGCUGUUUAACUAUAUACAUUAAACCAUAUAGUAAAGCACAAAACUCUCCAGCAGUGCCUCUAGGGGAGAAUAUGUCCGUAAUACUGCAGUCAAAUGCACCUUUUAGUGUCUUCAGAAUGGACCCAUAGCAGGCUACGGGUGCCAUACUAUGGAGCCACGAUAUGGCAGUGUGCAUUAGCCCUGUGUCAUCUGGACUUCCUUGUUCUGUUUAUUCCUUGUGAAUUCAACUCAGGGCAAGCAGUCUAUUAGCAUGUAUUCAUACAAUGUAGUUUUGAAAAAGUUUUAAUAUGUAUUUGUUACUUAUUAGGAUUACUGACCUCUACCAGUGACUAGAACAAAGCACUGCUCCAUCUCAGCUCUUGUCAGCACCACUUGGCUUUCUUGUGAGGCAGAUAAUCGACCUGUUAUAGUUAUGUUAAGUGAAAGAAGCAAGAGUCAUCUCACCAGCAUACAUAUGAUCCAUCUGCCCUGGGGGUGACAUUUUUGUGGAGAGCAUGUGGGCCGCCAGUCGGGCCAAUUCCCGGUGGAUGACUAAGAACUGUAAUAGUUUGAAAUGCGCUGGUGUUUCAUUUGGUUGUUAACAUGUACGUUAGCAUAUGAAGAUUUUUAAAUGCAUCAAAUAAAGCCUGACAUUUUUAUAUAGAUUGGAGCUGGAGGCCUCUACUUCCUUUUGCUAUUAUUAUCAUGGCCAACACUGUGGCCAUCCAAAAAGGCAAACUGGAGCUAGCAGGUAAUAAAGUGCCAUUUUAUCCUAGCAGUUGUUGGGGGUCUCAUCAGGCAGACCAAUUCAACAUAUACUUAUUCUAGCAAUAAACCACCAAUGUCUCUCAUAAGGAAACAUUAGUCUGUCUUUAAAUAUCACACUUUUCAGUACACCUCUCACUUUAAGAUCUGAUUUUGAUGUUUGCCAAACUACAGUGUGUGAAUACAACCACUCUGCCAACCAGUUACGUCAGUCAAGCAGCCAUUAGUGUGAAUAUGCAAACAGAGCUUAGUAGGUAGACAACAGGAGGGAGACUUACACCUUAGGCAAGAGGGAGACCUAUUCUAGCUAAGCAAUGGAUCCGAAAGUUUAUGAAGUAUAUGACAUGUUUACUGCUGUAAGAUCUGCCUGUGUAUAGUUUUAUAUGAAAUGGGAGUUAACCUUUAAUCAGGGCCAUUGGAAGGAAUUAGGGGCCCCAAGGAAAAUAGACAGAUUAUCCCCCCCCCAGUAGGCAGGUAGUACCCCCAGAUUAACCCCCUCCCCCCAGUAGGUAGGUAGUACCCCAUAUUAACCCCCUCCCCCCAGUAGGCAGGUAGUACCCCUAGAUUAGACACACACACACACACACCCUGGCUGGUACCUCUGCUGCUGCAGUUGCCGGGAAUUCAGGGCAGAAUCUUUCCCAGUCCCCACAUAAGGACUUGCACAGCUACGCGUAACGCACGGUAAUGAUGUUCACACACGUCACACUCUCAGAAUACCUAGGGCCGGCGUCAGGACGUAGUAACGCCUGCCCUUGAAUUCUGGGUGCAUGACGUGAUGUGAGCAAACGUCAAUACGAGGCCGACGCGCAUAGCUGUAUGGCACUUAACUGGGGGUGGGGACAUCCUGAGUUACCGGCAACUACAGGUGAGCUGGGCACAAAAAUAGGAGCCGGAGGCCGAGCGGCUUAAGUCUCUGCCUCCCGCUCCAGGCUCUCGCACUGCUGGCCCGGCCGGCCGACAGGGCAAGCUGACGAACUGGGAUAAGAGCAGGAGGACAGCCCGGCACAAAAAGCACUGGCUCUGCUCUGGACCCCGGGCCAGCUCAGGGCCCCAAGCAAUUGCUUGGUUUGUCUAUCCUGUAGCGACGAGCCUGCCUUUAAUGGGGUACUCCGACCACAAGCAUUUAUCUUCUGUACUUGGCUGUUUCCAUAAGUGCCAUAAAAUGUUAAUGGAGCAGCAAAGCUCAUGCUUGACCAUCACACCAUUUCACCUGCUUCUGCCCACAGUCUGGUAGGUGGAGGGAGAACAGUGAACAGGGUCCUCAUUUCUGGCAAUCAGUUGGGGGUCCUGCAGCCUGCGACCCCACCUAUCCUCACUUAUGCAGUGAAUAGGGAAUAAAUGCUUCUGUCUGGAAAACCUUUUUAAUUAAAUUGUUAGAUUGCCCUCUUAAAUGGAUUUCUUAAAGUGUAAGUUCAAAGUUAUGAGCCUGUGUGAUUGUCAGAUCCGGGGUGGGGAGACUCAGGCCAGGCUGGCGGUACAGUUGUCAAGGUAAUUGUACCACACUGAGUGUGGCAUGUGUCUCUUCACUCCGGAGGCCUAGAUCGUAGGGGCUCACAACUUUGGACUUACAAUUUAAAUCCAAGCUUCACUUGCUAAUUUUACGUUCAAGUGAAAACACAGCACAUAUAGUAUUUUUAUAUUUUAGAGCAUGUUUACUAGAAUAUGUUGGUAUUUUUUAUCUUUCUAAGGAGGAUUUUUCUUCCUUUUUUUUUAUUUAUAUUUUUUGGGGGUUUUUUUGUAAGCCAGGAAAAUAUUUUCUCUUUAAAAAAAAAUAUUAUUCAGAAAAGGGCUUGGAUCUAAAAUACAGAGUUUAUCUUCAUAAAGUGUGUUUCCUACUUUUUGAUCUUUGGGUUUAUGUGUAACAAAUUGAAGUAGUCUGCAUGGCUUAAUGCAAAGCUGAGUAUUACGGUGUUAGCUUUCCUUUGAAGUGUCAUAUAUAAGCAUGGUGUGAAAGAAUCUAGAAUAUUUUAGAACAGAAUGGUGGAAGUGUUACAGGGGAAUUGCAGUUUCAGCUCGAAAAGCUUAUUCACUGUGUAAUGAACUGUUACAUAGGUUGCUAAUAUACUAUCUUAAAGGAGUUAUCCGGGAGCAGUAAGGUUUAAGCAGUAAGAAAGUAACCUUUCUUGACUAACCUGAGGACUCACUUUUAGUUGGAUGACUUUUCAAGGCUAUAACUUCCUCCCCGCAUGAAGAGGGCAUGCUAAGAGGGUGGGGCAGGUACUGUGUUGUUAUCAUCACAUGCAGGCAAAACCAGUGGCCAAUGGGUGUACAAUGUUGGAUGCGGGAGCGUAGUUUCAUCAGCAUCCAAUUUUUACAACAUGGUACUUUCCCCACCAUUUUAGCCUGCCUCCUUGGAGCAGGGAGGAAGUUAUAGCCCUGAAACUAGACUAAGCAGGAAGUGAGCCACCAGUUGUAGACGUGUGGCUAGACCAAGCUAGAAGUGAGCAGCCAGUGAUAGCCGGGAGACGAGAUCAAGCUGGAAAAUAGCUGCCAGGGAGUGAGAAAAAGUAAGAACUUUUCUGCUCUUCAGAUAACCCUUUUAAUGGGCUUUAAGAUCUCAGCUUGCUAUGAUUCAGUAGGAUCUUGGUUUUAACCCCCCCCCCCCCCUUCCCAGUUCUUCAAAUGAAAUCCUGGAGUGACAUGUUGAGUGAGUUGAUCACAUGACUUGUAAUGAGGGGAAAAAAAGACAGGGGAUAAAACACCAAAGAAAAAAUGCCUAUACUAAAACCCACUAUUUAAAAAAAAAAAAAAAUGCAUUUUGGGAGUGCAAAAUGAGGGAGGAGGAAACUAAUUUAAAAAAAAAACUGCUAGACAAAAUUUGUGUGGAGGUGCUGCCUUAAAGAUGUACUCCAGAGGAUAAGUCAACUGGUACUUUUUUUUACCUAAACAUCUUAAUGCUUCCAGUGCCUAAUAGUUGCUGUAUACUACAGUGAAAGUUGAUUAGUUCUUUCCAGUCUGACCAAAGUGCUCUCCACCUCUGUCCAUGUGAGGAACUGUCCAGAGUAGGAGCAAAUCCCAAUAGCAAACAUCUCCUGUUCUGGACAGUUCCUCACAUGGACAGAGGUGUCAGCAGAGAGCACUGUGGUCAGACUGGAAAGAACUACACAACUUCCUCUGUAGUAUACAGCAGCUAAUAAGUACUGGAAGGAGUAAGAUUUUUAUAUGAAAGUCACUUACAAAUCUGUAUAACUUUCUGGAACCAGUUGAUAAGAAAAAUGUUUUCUGGUGUGCCCCUUUAAGGCUUCUAAUUAAUGCAAGCAGUGAUCUUAAAACCUGUUAGAAGUUGAUAUAAAAAGUAAAUUGUAUAACUGUACAUGAAUAAAUGAAUAUGAGUUGACAAAUGAAUGAUUAAAUGUUAUUGGCUGAAAACUGUAUACCCCUUUAACAUUUAGAUAGGGUGCAUUUUUUAAAUAUAUAUAUUUUUCCACCCCUUUAGUGUGAUUGCCUGUAAUGAGAAACACAGAUAGAAAUAAAAAAAAAUGUAUAUUUAUUAACAUAUUGUUCUAUAUAGUUUUAGCUACAGAGUUAUAAUAAGACACUAAAUUGUUAUUUAAUUUUUUGUAUGUGUAUAUAUAUAUAUAUAUUUGACAACUUUGCCUCCUGUAUAGCUCAGAAGCCUCUUUGGUGGGGAUAAUACAUUUCUUACUGAAACCUUGUUUGUUAUAAAUGUUUUCCCCUUAUUUUUCCUUAAAGAUAAUACUGGGUAAUAAACCACUAAUAAGCAUGUUGGCUACAUUUCUAUGUACGAUUUAUAGGCUUUUAUAAAAACAAAGCUGAAACAGAAAAUGUUGGUAUUUUUCUAAAGAUGUGCACAGCUGUAUUUUACAUAAGAUGCUAUUUAUAAUCGGUUGUUAUACUGUACACUACGUUUUGGACAGCGAGCAGUCUGCCAAUGUACUUACCAAUGGAAUGUUGUCUCUUUAAAAAUGUUUCUUGCUGUGGAAAAAAAAUAAGUCUUUAUUUACAAGUUCCUUUAUUUAUAAUUCAGAAGCUAAAAUGUUUAACUUAUGGUUUUCAGAACUUCACUCGAUCCAAUAAAAAUGUUCUUU